AUGGACGCCGACCACGUCAGGGACAAGGCGCGGCGUGACCUGCUAGGCCUACUGGAAGGGGCUCGAGGCAAGAAGAACCUCGUGAUCAGCCAGGAUCUGGCCGGUCCAGUUGGGCUGUUUGUCAAGUUCUCCGUGCUGCAGGAGUACGGCGUGGAUCGGGUGUUCCUCCUGGAAAACGCCAACAUCGACUCGUCCCAGCGCCACGUUGUGUUCCUGGUUCGUGGCGAAAAGGCGCAGCAUGUGCGCAUCGUCGCCGAACAAAUCAAACGUCUGCGGAACAAUAGCAAUGUGGAACAUGAGUUCUCCAUCUUCUUUGCGCCCAGGCGGACACUCGUCAGCAAUGCCGUCUUGGAGGAGGCCGGCAUCAUAGGGGAUGUGAAUGUCGCCGAGUUUCCACUCUACUUUAUGCCAUUGGAGCAGGAUGUAUUGUCCCUAGAACUGAAUGAUGCUUUCAGCGACUUGUACUUGCACAAAGACCCGGGCUGCAUCUUCUUGGCCGCCAAGGCUUUGAUGGGAGUCCAACAAAGACAUGGCUAUUUCCCUCGGAUUGUGGGCAAGGGCGACAAUGCACGCCGUCUGGCAGACCUGUUAUUGCGGAUGAGGAAAGAGCUCGACGCGGAGGAAAGCUCCGGGUUGGCAGACCCCUCCUCGCGAGGACUUCUGCCUAGCGCGGACACAGAAAACCUGAUUAUUAUUGACCGAGAUGUGGACUUUGGGACUCCACUUCUCACGCAACUUACCUACGAAGGUCUCAUUGAUGAAUAUGUCGGCAUCAAACACAACCAAGCCGAUGUGGAUACAAGUAUUGUCGGGCAAGCCCCACAACCCCAAGCCCAGGAAUCGUCGAAGACACCACAGCAGUCAAAACCGGGAUUGAAACGAAAGAUCCAACUUGAUGCAUCCGAUCAGCUGUUCAGCCAACUGCGAGACGCAAAUUUUGCCAUUGUGGGAGAUAUUCUGAAUAAGGUGGCCCGCCGCCUGGAAACCGAGUACGAGAGCCGACACACGGCGAAAACAACCGGAGAACUUCGCGAAUUCGUUAAUAGAUUACCGACAUACCAGUUGGAGCACCAGAGCUUGAGGAUCCAUACCAACCUCGCCGAGGAAAUCAUGAGGCUUACCCGCUCAGAGACUUUCCGCAAGCUGCUGGAAGUCCAGCAGAAUGAUGCUGCGGGUGCAGACCCGACAUACCAGCAUGAGACAAUUGAAGAGCUCAUUGCUCGCGAUGUCCCUCUAAAGAGUGUACUCCGGCUGCUGUGCCUAGAGUCAUGCAUGUCAGGCGGACUACGUCCACGAGACCUGGAGAACUUCAAACGCCAAGUCAUCCAGGCUUACGGCCAUCAACAUCUCCUCACUUUUUGGGCAUUGGAAAAGAUGGAGCUCCUCCAGCCGCGCUCCUCCGCGACAACCAUGCUCCUUCCAACGACCUCCGGCGCCCAUGCCGGCACCAAGACCAAUUACGGGUACCUGCGGAAAAAUCUACGCCUGGUGAUCGAGGAAGUCAGCGAAAAGGACCCCAAUGAUAUUUCCUACGUGUACAGCGGCUUCGCGCCACUCAGCGUGCGCCUGGUUCAAUGCGUGUUACAGAAACCUUACAUGCUCUCUCUCAUCAAGGGCGGCUCCCCUGCCGCUUCGAUGAAUGCCGCUAGCACGGCCUCACCGGGCUGGCUCGGCUUCGAGGACGUGGUCAAGAGCGCGCGUGGGUCCAGCUUCAGCAUUGUCCAGAAGGGCGACGACAAGGCUGUUCGGGCGAGACAAACUCUCAGCGGCAAUCAGGCCACCAAGACCGUGUAUGUUUUCUUCCUUGGCGGCAUCACAUUCACGGAGAUUGCGGCGUUGCGAUUUAUUGCUGCGCAGGAGGCGCCGCGUCGCAAGAUCGUUAUUUGCACGACUGGGAUUAUCAGUGGGGAUCGGAUGAUGGAGGCGGCAGUUGAGAAGGACAGCUUCGCUCCAGCGGAGUAG